AUGAUCAAGUUCAGCACACCUGUGCCACCAUAUCCUGUCUUUAGCAUUACCACAGACAUCAGCACUCUGCCCCAAACACAAGUGGUGGUACAAUCUUCAUCAGAGGUGCUUACAACACAGCCAGCUACAGAAACACUGGGCGACGCUCCCACUGUAACUAUUUGCCCAUACUGCAGAAACCGAAUUACAACCAAAGUGCAUUAUAAACCUGGAUCUGUAGCACUGGGCAUGUGCUGUCCGAUCUCUAUUUUUGGACUCAUCUGUGGAUUUUGCCUCAUCCCUUGCUGUAUGCCUCAGUUUCAAGAUGUUUAUCAUUCAUGCCCAGACUGCAGUAAACUUAUAGGUUGGCAUAAUCGCUAG